AUGGUACGAAAUUUUAAAAGAAAAACUAAUAGAGGUUAUACUUCUGGAGAUGUCAUAAUGUGUGCUGUUAAAGAUGUAAAGAUUAAUAACAUUUCUAUUAGAUCAGCAGCAAAAAACCAUGGCAUUAAUUACAGAACAUUAGCACGUUAUUGUAAAAAAAUUAUUAUUACUAACCCAUCACAUGGUUCUAUAGCAGAUCUAAUUGACAAAAUUGAAAACCCCACCUCCCUGAAUGUUAUAGGAUACAAAAGUCGAUUGAUAUUGCCAGAAAAAGUAGAAAAAGAACUGGUCACCUACCUGUUGCGAGCAGCAGAUAUAUAUUUUGGUUUAACUCCUACCGAAGUAAAAAAGCUUGCUUUCCAGCUAGCAAUUAAAAAUAAUAUGAAGGUUCCCAAUUCUUGGGUUGUAAAGGAACAAGCUGGUAAGGAUUGGUUUACAGGAUUUAUAAAGCGCCAUUCAAAUAUUUCCAUUAGGCAACCUGAAGCUACUAGUUUAAGUCGAGCGACAAGUUUCAAUAAGCAGAAUGUUGCAUCAUUUUUUAGCAAUUUGCAGCACUGUAUGCAAAAAUACUCGUUCUCACCAAAUGACAUUUGGAACAUGGACGAAACUGCUGUAACUACUGUACAGCAACCUAAAAAGGUUAUUGCGAAAAAAGGAUUAAAACAAGUAGGAGCCAUCACGUCAGCUGAAAGAGGAACUCUUGUAACAUUAGCAUGCACAAUAAAUGCUAUUGGAAAUAGUAUUCCACCCUUUUUUAUUUUUCCUCGUAAAAACUUUAAAGAUCAUUUCCUAAUCAGUGCACCAACAGGAAGUGCAGGAGAUGCAAAUCCAAGUGGUUGGAUGAAAGAAGAAAACUUUGUAAAAUAUCUAAAACAUUUUGUAGGCAAUACAAAAUGUACUAAAGAAAAGCCUUGUUUAUUGUUGCUUGACAAUCACGAAACUCAUCUUAGUAUUGAAGGAUUAGAUUUGGCAAAAAAUAAUGGAAUAGUAAUGCUUACCUUCCCACCACAUUGCACACAUAAAUUGCAGCCCAUGGAUAAGGCAGUUUAUGGUCCUCUCAAAAACUACAUAAAUACUGCUAUGACAUCAUGGUUAGUAAUGAAUCUUGGAAAAACUGUUACAAUAUAUGAUAUUCCAAAAAUAGUAAACAUUGCAUUUCCAAAGGCUGUAUCUCCCCACAAUAUUUUAAGUGGUUUUUCUGCAACAGGUAUUUACCCGUUAAAUCCUGAUGUGUUUACUGAAAUUGAUUACUGUCCUAACUAUGUAACUGAUCGCCCUGACCCACCUUGUUCACAGGCUGGUUCAAAUAAAAAAGACUGUGAAUCUUAUUCAAUGCAACCAGAACCAUCAAAUAAAAGAUUUAAAGAAUCUAUUCAGAUACCAGGUAAUCAGGUAGACAUAACAAUAGAAGAUCCAGUUGUAUUAAAUAAAACCCCUAAUCAGAACCCAAUCACAACAUUAGGUUUUAACAAUUCAAUCAUACCACCUGAGAGUAUUAGGCCUCUGCCUAAAGCAGGUCCGAGGUUAGCAUCAAAAAGAGUCUUAAAUUCAUCUGAAGAUAAAGAGUAUCUGUGCAUCUAUUGUUUUGAAUCAUUUUCCAACAGCCGAUCAAGAGAACAGUGGAUUCAAUGUCAGGUUUGCCAAAAAUGGGCUCAUGAAGAAUGCACACCAGGCUUACAACAGUUUAUUUGUGAAUUGUGUUCUUUAUCCAAUAAUUUUUAA